AUGCACCAAACCGGGAAGCGAUUUAUCGUCACAGGGGGUUGUGGCGGGAUAGGGGCCUCUGUGGCUCGAUACUUAGUGCGGCAGGGAGCAGUUGUGGCCAUUUUUGACAUCAAAGACAAAGAGGGCAUUUCGUUGGUGAACAGCCUGAACUCCCAGUCGACCGCCAAAUCACUUUACCUUCAUGUGGAUGUCUCUAAUAAGACAGAAGUGGAGUUGGCUGUGAAAAAGACCGCGGAGGCCCUGCAGGGCCUGGAUGGACUGGCACACACUGCCGGAAUCGAAAGCAGAACACCCCUCGAGACUAUUUUGGAGGAAGAAUGGGAUCGAGUACUGGACAUCAACCUCAAGGGCACUUUCCUGAUGAACCAAGCUGUGUUCCCUUAUUUCAAAGAGAAUGGUGGCGGUGUGAUUUUGAACAUGGGGUCUGAUUCAGGGCUAGAACCCCUUCCCCCGGCUGCACAUUAUUCUUCAUCCAAAGGGGGAGUACAUACUUUCACUCGGGCAGCCUCCGUCGAAUGGGGAAAAUACAACAUCCGGGUUAAUGCGCUGCUGCCGUUGGCUUCAACUCCCAUGGUGGACCAAUAUUUGAACCGCCUCACGGAAAAAGAGCUGGAACAACAGAAAGCGUAUCUGGCCGCUCGAAUCCCCCUGGGCGGUGGGUUAGGAGAUCCAGACACUGAUGUCACCCCAAUGGUUGCCUUCCUGUUGUCUGACGCAUCACGUUUCGUCACUGGCCAGCUCAUUUGCGUAAAUGGUGGCUUUUGUGCUGUUCGAUGA